AUCUCCAAGCUGUCCAUUCCGAGGAGCGCUGUCCAGGGAGCGUGGUGCUGAAACUUCAUCCGACCGCCCCCACCCACUUCCCAACACAUCCACAAACCAACGCAGGCGGACACGCACACACACACACACACACACGGAACACGCUGCGCUGGGAGCUGUUCAACAAAAGACCUCCUGAAAGCGGGCAACUUCUUUAAGGCGGCGCCAUGGCAUUCAUCGUCAAGAACAUGGUAGGCGGGCAGUUGAAGAACUUGACUGGGGGACUUGGCGAGGAUAAGGGCGAGGGAGAAAAGUCGGAAGCCGCAGCCCAGGGAAUGACAAGAGAGGAGUUUGAGGAAUACCAACGGCAGCUGGUAGAAGAAAAGAUGGAGCGUGAUGCCAAUUUUGCUCAAAAAAAGGCAGAACGAGCAACAUUGAGAACACAUUUAAGGGACAAGUACAAGCUCCCAAAGAGCGAAUUGGAUGAAAACCAAAUCCAGUUGGCCGGCGGGGAUGUGGAACUGCCAAAGGAGUUGGCUAAAAUGAUCGAAGAGGAUAACGAAGAGGAGGCAGAGAAGGACUCGGUGUUGGGGCAGCUGGCCAACAUUCAGAACCUUGACCUUGACCAUUUGAAAAACAAAGCUCAAGCAACUCUGCAAGACUUCAAGCAAACGGCAGAGAAGUGUUGCCUCAUGUGAGAGAAGGGGAGCGAUUUCCACAACACUCGCAGUGACAUAAUGGAUAACGAGAAUUAUAGACUAUGAGACAGUGACCUGGAAAAAGCAAAAGGUCAUGAUGAAUAAAAUGCAAUAAUUGUUUAGACAAAAAUCAGCUACAGUUUGACUGUACAAUUUACACACCAUUGAGAUUUUCUGGCUUACUCCAAUCUCUGGUUUCUUUAGCUUUGAGUAUAUUAUUUUGUGAGAUAUUGGCUUGAGUAACCGAACGUGGAGCCUGGUGAAUCAAUGUUUCUCCUCUCAAUGACACUGGUGUAUUUUACUGUCCAAUAAGGGUCAUUGGGAGAAUUAUGAGAACAUGACCAAAUUGACCUAGUCUGCAAAUUGCUUUGUUAAUUUGCACUGUAAAUGAAAACACUUGUUAUGUAGUUGAUGCUCCAACUAGAUGACGCAGAAAGUGCAAUGGGUCCAAAUUUGACAACCAGUCAAUUAUAUAAUUAAAUGAUUUUCUUUAAAUUA